UUGAGCGAUGGUUGUCGACAGCUUUCUCCUUAUCUCCAGCCUCCUUCUGGUGGCUGGGGUGACUCUGCUCACCACUUCCUGGCGCCGGCAGGGUUCUGACCGGCGCCGGCAAUGGUGGGGAUUGUGGCAGCAUGUGGUAGCACUGAUGUCAGGUGCUGAGAGUCAGGCAGGCAGGCACAGGAGCCGCCUGUGCAGGCCACGUGGCUCCCGGCUCCAAGCAUCACGAAGGCAGGGCAGUCCUAUCGUGCCCCAUCUCAUCCAGCCAGGGAAGACCCGGCCUUGGUUGCCAGGCAGUCCUUGCUCCUCUCUUUUCAUGAACACUGGUACUGCGAACUCCAUGGGGAAACCCGGCAGGCUUCCUGGACUGGACCAGCGCCCACAGCUUCUGGUGGCACAUGGGACCCCCAGGUCUCUCCAUCACCGUUCAAGGCCUGGCAGUGGAUUUAAAGACCUGCCACCUGAGAUCUCCAACUGCACAAAGCCACCGGUGAAGGGGAUGAUCUUUCAGGAGGGCCUUGUUCAAACAGAAGAGAGAAAACGCUGGUGGGAAUACAAGACCAAGAGGCCUGUUUGGCCUAUGCGCCCCUCAGCGCUUCCUAAAGGGCACAAGGAAGCAGGAGCAGCAGCAAGAUCAUCCCAGGGACCAGCCUUGAGCCUGGAGAAAAAAGCAGGCAGCAAAACUGAAACCUGCCAGCCCUCCAACUCUGGCUUCAUUGACAAGAGAAGCUCAGAGAAAUCAGACAGGCUUGCUAUGGAAAGGCUGUACCAGCAGCUCCUGGUGUCCCUGAAAAGGCCCAAGACUAACAACGAUGGUCAACAACAAGUCGGACAGCGGAACUGAAGAUCAACCUCCUGGCACCUCUUCCUGCACACUGCCACCAGUGGAGGAGUUGAUGGUGCAUGAGAACAUCCUUCGAACAGAGGAAUCUCAGCCCUAGGAACAUCACUUGCAUAACACAGUUUCAGUCUGAGGUCUUUCAGAUUUCUAAAAAGAUAAUUUAAUUAAAUUCAUGCUAGUCUUCAGACAAUUGCUAUCCUUCUUCCUUUCC